CAAAUCUUCUGUAGAAGAACAAGCAAGUAUUUACGCACAAGUGAAAAGUGGAAGUGGAAAAAAUGAAAUUGUUCCUGGCAAUCACACUUCAACUCUUUGUCCUCUCAAUCGCAUCACCCACGUCAUUCGACGAAGAGGAGGGCGAUGGGAAAAUUGUGGGCGGAUAUGCGGUGGAUAUCGAGAAGAGACCCUAUCAGGCGGCUCUAAUGUACCGAGGCCGCUUCCUUUGCGGCGGCACAAUCAUCUCUAAAAAAUGGAUACUCACGGCAGCUCACUGCACAUCGUAAGACUCACGCAACCUUCAAUCUUUGCACGUACUAAUUAAAGUUCCUUCCAGCGGUGGUAAGGACAAGCACUUUACGGUAAGAGUUGGCUCCAGUCAUCACGCAUCUGGUGGAGAAGUUAUUCAGGUGCAUGAGGUCAUAAAUCAUCCAAAAUAUGACCGCGACACGGUGAACAUGGACUUUGCCUUGCUGAAGCUCAAUCGCUCCAUUGAGUUCGAUGAGAAGAAGCAGCCCGUUCAGCUCUCCGAAUUGUGGGAUCCGAUUCCCGUGGGCGAAAAAUGCUACGUGUCGGGUUGGGGCGAGACCAGAGAUCUCUCAGAAUCAAACGACAUGCUCAGAACAGUUAAGGUAUUCAUUCUGGACCCGGAAAUUUGCAGGACGGCGUAUUCGAAGUUUGGCGAUAUCUAUAACGAGCACAUGGUGUGCGCUGGACACUUGAAUGGUGGCAAGGAUGCCUGCUUUGGUGACUCUGGCGGACCACUGGUGUGCGGCAAAACCCACAUUGGAGUCGUGUCAUGGGGAGCCGAUUGUGCAUUGGCAGGACAUCCGGGAGUCUAUGCUCGUUCAGCGGUGAUCCGAGAGUGGAUAAGGACGUGUGCAGGUGUCUGAAUAAUCAUUCUUUCCAAAGCACUUCGCAAGAUUUUAUUGCCCUUUAUAUUACUGCGCCUAACCGCGAUUCAUCUGCUGAGAUAGCAACAAAAUUGAGAACUAUGACACCAAAGUUAUACGUAUUUAUUUGAUGGAAUAUUGACAUAAAAGUGCGCUAUAAAAAAGGGGUUGAAUAAACUUUUGUGUGAAAAAUUUUUCACAUGCCGUCAUUAAAAUUGUUUUUCCUUCCUGGGUCUUU